AUGUCGGCUGAAGGCUCGUCUGUACCGACCGCAGCGAAGCUACUGGCCGCCCACUCCCGGAACGACGGCGCACAGGCCGGUCCUGUCGUCAGGAGAAGCACAUUCUAUCUGUAUAUCGUUCUUUCUGUCCUCGUUCUUCUGCUUGCCUUCGCUGGUUGGGGUACAUACAUGAUCCGGAUCCGGCGAUAUGUAGAACAUCUACGGCGCCUCGACACGAAUGACAGGACUGUGAGCGCGGAGAAACUGGAGCGGCCAACUUGGCUGAACGUGCACGUCCGUUGUGAGGAAACCUCGGCGAGAGAAGCAGUGCCUGUGUCUGCUUUUAUCAUGGACGAUCCUCCGAGUGUGGCAUUUCCUUUGCAUCGCUUGCGUCUGCUUCCUGCAGUACACGCUCAACCCACGAUCAUCGCGCGGUCGUCUAAGGCAAAGCUGCAGCUGGCAUACCUCAUCGCGAUGCCGCUCAAAUCCACCGCAUCGUCAAGUCCACCCCUUAUUGAGCUUGGUGUGAGGCGUUCAACCGGCAGACUCGUCGCUUAA